UCUUCCUAUAUAUAUAUAUAAACACCAACACUCAAUCUACCCAACUCAAACCCUCAACAACAAUGGUGGUUCGGAUGAUGAAGUGGAGCCCAUGGCCCCCACUCUCAUCAACCAAAUUCCAAGCCACCAUUGUUGUCAACACCCUCCAAGGCUUGCCGGACAAAACCACAACGAAAUUGGGUGUUGAAGUUGAGUGGAAAGGGUCGGUUAAGUCGAAGAACAAUCGGAUCGGUUUUAAAAGGGGUAGUAAUAAUAAGGUGAAGAGGGGUUUCACGGAAGAGAGAUUGGUAACAGAUGAUGGGGUUGUUGAAUGGAAUGAAGAGUUUGUUGCGGUUUGUGAUUUGGUGGGGUUUGGAGAUUGUUUUCAUCGGUGGGAUGUUGCACUCAAGGUGUUUGAUGGCCUAAACCAUGGAACGAAAAGACAGAAUCAUAUUGUUGCCACUGGAUCAUUGAACCUUGCUGAAUUUGCUUCUAUUGAGCACGAAAAGACCCCGAUAAAUAUUCAUCUGUCUAUGCCUGAUAGCACAGAGUGUAGUCCUAUACUCUCUAUAUCACUCAGCCUAGUAGAACUAAAGGAUGCACACAACGUUACCGAACUAACACAAAGAUCUAUGAAUGGAGAUGAGCCCGUGGGUCUUAAAGCCGGUUUAAAAAAAGUCAAAAUCUUUAAAGUAAUAAUCGCUAAACACCGGGCCAAGAAAGCAUGUCGUGAAGAAGAAGAAGACAGUGUUGGAAAAAGCUCAGUCAAAACCGACAGUUCAGAUUAUCCGUUUGACACAGACUCAUAUGAUGGAUCAGAUGGAAUUGAUUCUGAAGAAAUCGAUUAUUCGGAUCCUAAUAUCAAAAACUCUUUCGGGUAUGGAACUUUGGCGUAUGCAAAUCAUGCGGGUGGAUUAUCUUAUUUCAAGUCAAAUGGUCGUGAAGACGAGGAUAUGUUAUAUUUCCUUAGUCAUAAUAAAAUAAAAAAAACAGAUGAGUCCGGUGAAUUUGUAUCGAAUGAUCGGUCAGAAAGUCAAAUACCGAAAAGAAGCAUAUUUCCAUGGAGAAAAAGGAAGUUGAGUUUUAGAUCUCCGAAAGUCAAAGGAGAGCCGCUUUUGAAAAGGGACGUUGGUGAAGGAGGGGAUGAUAUUGACUUUGACCGUCGAAUGUUGACCUCAUCAGACGAGUCGUCACACGGGUGGAACAGAAGUGACGACGACUCAACAACUAGUAGAUCUUCGAUAUCCGAAUUUGGAGACGAUAGUUUCAUCAUAGGCACAUGGGAAAACAAGGAAAUAACAAACCGAGACGGAAACAUGAAGCUUGCAACCCAAGUUUUCUUUGCUUCAAUUGAUCAAAGAAGUGAAAAAGCAUGCGGUGGAAGCGCCUGCACUUCAUUAGCCGCUACAAUCGCCAAUUGGCUCCAAAAUAACCGCCACCAACUGCCCAUAAAAUCAGACUUUGACACCCUGAUUCGCCAAGGCUCGUUAGAAUGGAGAACCCUGUGUGAAAACGAAGAGUAUAUAAAACGAUUCCCGGAUAAACAUUUUGACCUAGAAACCGUUCUUGAAUCCAAGACCCGUAAUUUUGAAGUCGUACCCGAAAAAUCUUUCGUUGGUUUCUUUCAACCUGAAGAUGGCGGGUUUGACUUUUUAGAUGGCGCUAUGUCGUUUGACAACAUAUGGGAUGAGAUAAGUCAAACUUGGUCAAACCGUACUAACGACAUAGAGCCGGUGGUUUAUAUUGUUAGCUGGAAUGACCAUUUUUUCAUAUUGAAAGUUGAAAAGGAUGCUUAUUUUAUCAUUGACACCUUGGGGGAGAGGCUGCAUGAGGGGUGUAGUCAAGCAUAUGUGUUGAAGUUUGACCAAAAUACUAGAAUUCAACAAAAGUCAAAGGAGAGAGAGUUGAUAGUGUCCGAAGGUAAAGAAUCGUGUAAAGAGUAUAUUAAGAGCUUUUUAGCUGCAAUCCCGUUAAGGGAAUUGCAGGCGGAUGUGAAGAAAGGGCUGAUUUCGGCCUCAAGCCCGAUUGCUCAUCAUAGGCUGCAAAUAGAAUUUCAUUACACCGAGUGUUUGCAGCCUGUGACUGGUGAGUUCUCGUUAUCCUGAUAAUAAUAAUAACACUUUUUGAUUGUUAUUAUGCUAUAUGUAUAUGUAUGUAUGUACGUAUGCAUGUAUGAAUGUAUGUACGUAUGCAUGCAUGUAUGUCUGUACGUACGUAUGUUUUGGUAUUCUUACGACGUAUUUCCUUUUUGUACCUUACAAUGUAAAAUGACCCCAUAAGAAAGUAUUCAAAUGAGUUAAAAUAAUAAAAUUUUAAUUUAUAAUUA